GACCCGCCCGUCGCCUCCUUCCCUCGCUCAGUCGCUCUCCGAUUCCUCAAGCGCCCCCCGCGAUCUCGCCUCCCCCCUCCAGAUCAAAACCCUAGCGCUCGCCCCGGGAGGACCUAGCGCCUCGCGCGCCGGCGGCGGCGGCAGCGCGGUGGGUCUGUUCCCGGUGGGCGAAGCGUGGGAGAUCUCCUCGUGGAGGGGGGCAGGUGGCCGAUGGGCGGAGCGGCCUCGGUCGGCGCGGCGGCCGGGGAGGCGACGGGUGGGGCAGCGCACCCGGUGGUUCUGAACGUGUACGACCUCACGCCGCUUAACAACUACCUUCACUGGUGUGGGCUCGGCAUCUUCCAUUCCGCUGUCGAAGUCCAUGGAUCGGAGUACAGUUUUGGAGCACAUGAUCACCCAUCAAGUGGGGUUUUUGAGGUGGAACCAAAGAGCUGCCCAGGCUUCAUAUACAGAUGUUCGGUUUUGAUAGGCCAUACAAGUCUGAAUCCCUUGGAAUUUCGAGAAUUUAUUCAGAGAAUGGCCUCAGAAUAUCAUGGAGAUACUUACCACCUCAUUUCCAAGAACUGUAACCACUUUACGGAUGAUCUUAGCAUCAGAUUGACAGGAAAACCAAUUCCUGGUUGGGUUAAUCGACUCGCUAGGCUAGGCGCCUUUUCUAACUGCCUUCUACCAGAAAGCAUGCGGUUGGAGUCGACUGAGACAAAGCAUAUUGCUGACUGUCGUUUCUCAGAUGGUUCCAACACAAGCAGCAAUGAUAACUUUGACGAAGAUGACUUGGAAGACAGACACCUGCUUCCAACAUCUUCUGUUGGUCAGGAUUCAAUUGUAAAAGAGGUUCACAGGUGACAGUCUGCUGAAGCCAUGCGCUGAGCUCUUUCUGUAUUCUAAAAUGUAACGGUUUUCAACAUUCAAUGUGCAGUUUGUCAUUCAUUGUGUACAUUAUAAUUUUUGUAAUCUAAAAUGUAAUGAGCCCAUCCUGUUCUGGUAUUUUGUAAUGUUCAGUGACAGGUCCACAUUCAUGAUUAAGUUUGUUCCUUCCACUUGUACAACACUGUAA